AUGCUUCUCAUUCAAGAGCUUAAAGCAUUUCUUGACAAUACAUUCAAAAUCAAAGAUUUGGACAAUCUGGGCUAUUUUCUAGGGAUUGAAGCACAUAUGGACAAUUCGGGGUUGAACUUGUGUCAGCGUAAAUAUGCCUGCGAUAUUCUAGAUGAAUCAGGAUUUCUCAAUUGCAAACCGAUGGCGGUGAGCACACCUAUGGUUCCUGGCCAUCUUCUAAACAAAGGUGGUGGUGAUGCUAUUCUCAAUGAUGUUGGGAGUUACAGAAGAUUAGUAGGACGGUUGUUGUACCUCACAACAACGCCGCACCCAGAAAUUGCUUAUGUCAUGCACUCCAAGUCUCCAUUCUCCAGUUCAUCAGCACUCUGCACGACUGCACUCAGCAGGCAGCAGCAGAGGGAUUGA